GUGACAGGUUAUGUUAUGUAUGUUAGGUUACAUGCAAAGCUUUUAUUGGGAUGAUCUUCAAUCUGAUGUAAUGUGUAGCUGAAACACUGUUUAUUGAAAAUGCUGCCUAUAAUUUGCCUGAGUUUCUUUCUGAUAAUUUUUCUCUGUUGGAAACCUUUGCGAAAAAGGUCGAACUACCCACCAGGCUGUGAUGGGAUGCCGUUCCUCGGUUGUUUGCCUUUGCUCGGCGUUCACCCUGCAAAUACAAUCAUGAAGUGGUCAAAACGUUACGGCGACGUAUUUUACGUCAAGUAUGCAAUGCAAAACGUAAUUAUGUUGAAUUCCUUCGAAUCGAUUAAAGAAGCAUUGGUAAAGCAAGGUCACGUGUUUUCAGGUCGCCAACAUACGUUUAUAACUGAGUUCACAUCCGGGAACGCUGGUCUUGGGUUCCUGGAUUAUGGGGCUGUGUGGAGAAGCCAGCGUCGGUUUGGGUUGGCGACAUUACAUGAGUUUGGGAUGGGCAGGAGGUGUAUGGCUCCUAAGAUCCUUGAGGAAGCUGACCUUAUGUGUGAUGAGAUGUUGAAGCAUGGAGACCACGCCUUUGAUUGCAUGGACCACAUCACACCAGCUGUUACCAACAUUAUCAGCAUCCUCGUGUUCGGCAAAAGAUUUGAAUACGACGAUCCAACGUUACUUGAUACAUUACAUCUUCUCUUCGAUUUUGGCCACGAUUUCCCGUUUGCUCUGUUCUAUUUUGCUCCCCUUGUAAGAUUCUUGCCACCGUGGAAAGCAGAGCUGGAAAAAAUCCGCCAAGCACGAAAGCCAGUAUGGGAUCAUAUAAUGUCUGCUAUCCAACAACACCAGGAUACUUACAAUGAGAAUGAUUGCAGGGAUUUUAUUGACAGCUUUAUUGCUAAAAUGAAAUCUACAAAUGCUGAUGGCGUAAAGUUUGAAGCUAUGGUCGAAGAUCCGAACGAUAACGAUGUCCCUGCCGCAUGGUGGAACAAAGAGCAGUUGUUCCACUACGUCAAGGAGUUGUUUUUAGCUGGAACUGACACUACAGCCACUACAUUAAGAUGGGCAAUCCUACUUAUUCAUUACCACACAGAUGUCCAUGAAAAGAUUCAUGAAGAAAUAGACCGUGAGGCGAGUAACCCCGUUAAAUUCGAAGAUAUGCCUAAUAUGCCGUACACACAAGCUGUUAUACAAGAGGUGUUCCGUUCCAGACCCAUAGCUAACUUUGGUACAAUGCGGAAAACUACAGCUGUUGGUAAAGUGGGCGGGUAUCGGAUACCGAAAGGUUCUAUAGUGAUGCCGAAUAUCUGGGCUGUCCAUCAUAAUCCACAGCGAUGGAAAAAUCCGCAUUUGUUUAAACCUGAUCGACAUAUUGAUCAGAACGGAAAGUUUGUCAAAUCUGAAGAUAUUAUCCCGUUUAAUGUUGGCCAGCGUAGUUGUUUGGGCAUGCAGCUCGCCAAAAUGGAAAUCUUUAUUUUUCUUGUUAGGAUGAUGCAACGUUUCAAUUUCAAACUCGCAACUGAUAAAGAGAAAUUAGACUUAAAUGGGCAAUAUAUAUUCUUGCAUUACCCACCUGCCUUUGACGUUUCUGUCCAAUUACGUUCCUAACUUAUAAAUCUAUACCCCAACUUAUUUUGUUUUGUGCAAUCUAUGUAUACCUACACUAUACUCAUUAUACUACUGUUAAAAGUUUUUUCAAUAAAAAUAAACGUUUUCUUUUGCAGCAGCAUAACAUUUUCUUUCAGUUUUCAAUAAAUUGAUCAAAAUAUUACAACAUAUUUAUUUGGUGCUUUCACGGGGAUUUUCCCCGCGUUGGUAAAUUUUGAUUUUUGCCCAAGCAAAACCAAGAUCAAACGGAAAGUAAAUUGCCCAAGAAAGGUAUAUAGAAGUAGUUAACAUGGCAGAAGGUAGCAAUAAAUCUGAUGAUUUACCGAAAGAAGCCGAGUCCAGUUUGUCUGCAAACGAAGUUGACCAGCUGAAAAACCUGUUCAGUACAAUUAAUCUCGGGGAGUUAAUAAAUAAAGAUAAUGAAGAGAAACCAGAACAACUCCUGCCAGAAGUUACUUUCAAAGGAGUGGCAGAGUAUAUUAAAUCGGAUAAAUGUAAAAACAUCAUAGUGAUGUGCGGUGCAGGAAUAUCAACAGCUGCUGGCAUCCCUGACUUUCGUACCCCAGGCACUGGGCUUUAUGACAACUUGCAGAAGUAUGAGCUACCCAGCCCACAAGCAAUAUUUGAAAUCAAUUUCUUUAAGGAAAACCCACAACCAUUCUACACUCUUGCCAAGGAACUCUACCCUGGUAGUUUCAAGCCCACCACCUGCCAUUACUUUAUCAAACUACUGGAGCAAAAGGGUUUGCUACGUAGAGCCUACACACAGAACAUUGAUACACUUGAAAGAGUAGCUGGUGUUGGUGGAGAUAAACUAGUUGAAGCUCACGGUACCUUCCAUACAGCUCAUUGUGUUCAGUGUAGGAUGGAAUAUUCACAAGAUUGGGUAAAAGAAAAAGUUUUUAAAGAUGAGAUCCCACAUUGUAAAGAUUGUGAGGAAUUGGUCAAACCUGACAUUGUAUUCUUUGGAGAGCCCCUGCCACGAAGAUUCUUUAAUUUACGAUAUGAAGAUUUUCGGUUAUGUGACUUACUUAUAGUGAUGGGAACCUCAUUAAAAGUUCAUCCGUUUGCGUCGCUUGUUGAUGGAGUUGAAGACACGACCCCACGGUUGUUGAUAAACCGGGAGAAAUGCGGUGAAUCUGAUCCACUGAUGAAGUUGUUGGGAGGGGGUGGGGCGGGAAUGGAUUUUGAUUCAGACAAAGCGUAUAGAGAUGUAUGUUGGCUUGGUGACUGUGAUGAUGGUUGUCUAGCUCUUGCUGAUUUACUUGGUUGGAAGAAUGAACUUAAAACUAUGGUUUGUAACCAACAUAAGGAGAUCGACCAAAACUCACAAGCUACUGCCUCAAAAGAAAAAUGCCCAAGCAAGAAAAGUGCAUAGUAUGGAACUUUUGUAUUUGUUAUUACUGCUUAAUGAUUUUACUGUAACUGCUUUAUUUGUGCUUUUAUUUGAUCUGAUUGACUAGGAAAUAUUUUGUUUUUUAUUAUUUUAAGUAUGAACUAUUUUUUAGCUAGGAAAUAUUUGGUUUUUAUUGUUUUAAAGUAAAAAAUGAUUUUUAACUAGGAAAUAUUUUAAAAUUUUAUUAUUUUAAAAUAUAAACUGAAUUUUAACUUAGGAAUCUUUUUUUAUUCUUUUAAAAUAUGAACUGAGUAUUGUAUUCAUUGUUUUAAGUAUGUCAUAUAUGUUUGCAUUGGCUAUAUUUUAGCUGAGAUAAAGUCACUUAAAGAAA